AAUAAAUUCGACUUACACCAAAAUUAUGCUAAUCUUAAGAAUUAUUCACUUUUUCAUUCCAAAGCCCAAACCAAACCCAAAAGGGCCUUUUAUCAAAAGCCUAUUUACAACAUAUAAACCCAAAAAGGCCUUUCGUCGAGAAAACUAAAAUGGCUCCGACGAAGAAAGGAAAGAAGACCAAAUCGGCGGCGGAAUCAACGACGGUCACAGAAUCUUCAAGCUUUCCGACGUGUUUGCGUCUCCUUACACCUUCCUCCGUCGCUAUCACCAUCCAUGCGAAGCCAGGUUCCAAAGCCGCCUCCAUCACCGAUGUGAGCGACGAAGCGGUAGGCGUUCAAAUCGACGCGCCGGCUAGAGAUGGUGAAGCUAACGCAGCUCUUCUCGAGUACAUGAGCUCUGUAUUGGGGGUGAAAAGAAGACAAGUCUCUCUCGGUUCGGGAUCGAAGUCUCGAGAUAAAGUUGUGAUUGUUGAGGAUAUGACCCAACAGAGUGUUUUUCAAGCUUUGUCCCAAGCAUCAAAACCUACCUAAAGAUCUCCAAGCCUGUAACUAACUAUAUGGAGAAACUAAAUCAUCAAAAGCUAAAUGGUUCAUGUUCACUUAAGGUACGAAUGGUUUGAAGAGUUUCAGGAUUUGUGAUAGAGAUCAUUGGUCUGAUAUUACUAUGAGUCCAUGAUUAAUGUCAUGUAAAUCUAUAGACUAUUGCUUAUUAUAUAACAAAGCUGUGUUUAGUCUAGUCCCCAAUUGAUCUGAAGUCAUGGAUGGUUUUUUGAUGUGUUUGUUAAUCCUUAUUUUCAUGUAAAGUAUUUAGGAUGGUUUUCUUUUCUCUCUUGAUCCUUAUUUGUCUUUGUAUAUUUCAACCGUUUUUGACUUUUGAACCAAUCAAAAGAGAAGAAACAAUAAUGGGC